CUACUCUAUCAAAGCGAGUGUUUAACCAUUUGGACUGGCUCGUUAAACAUUCCCCUUUUCUUAAAAGUGUGGCCGCUAAACGACAAUAAACAGCUUUUGUGCGGCUGUUAGCGCAACGACGGCAUCCGGGACCAUGUCAAUGUUCAGCACGGGUAUCCUGGUGUUGACAUUGCCCCUCCAUACCCUGCGCAUCGCCCCCGUGCUCAGCUCAGCCGCCCAGCUGGUGGAGCGUAUCCUCUACGUCCAUCUGCACCCGGGGCUCAACCUGGGCGGCGGCGGCCAACCGCGGCCCGUCUUCAUCCCGCCCGCCGUCGACCUGUGCUCGCUCAUCACGCGCCUCUACAGCAACGCGGCCGACGUGUGCGCGCACCUCGACGUCCGUGUCCUGCUCACCAACAUCCAUCCCCCGUCCGACAUCGGCGGCCCCUUUCCCACGCCGCAGUACCUGUCCCACUCCCCCGAGGUGCUCCUGACAGACUUCCCCCUGCAGGACCCGGCGCAGUCGAACCAGGUCACGCAGUGUCUGCAGGGCUACGCCGGACGCUGCUACGUGUGCCGGCCCGGCCUCCCGUCGGUGUUGCUUCAACCUCUGCUGGCUACGCCGCGGGAGGAGUCAAAGGCCGGGCCAAAGGAGCCCAAAGAGGAGAGGAAACCGUUGGAGACGUAUCCUGACGUGGUGGUGGGCGGCACCUUUGACCGCCUCCACGGGGCCCACAAGACCCUGCUCAACAUGUCGUGCCUGCUCGCCACCAGACGCUUCAUCAUCGGCGUGUGCGACCGAGGAAUGCUGAAAAAAAAGGUCCUGAAAGAGCUUAUCCAGCCGUACAACGUCCGCGUGGAAAAGCUCCACGAGUUCCUGCGGGACGUCAAGCCCUCGCUGCGGGUGGAGAUCGUGCCUCUGGACGACCCGCUCGGGGUGUCGGUGGUGGACCCGCUUCUAGCCUGCAUCGUGGUCAGCGAGGAGACCCGCAAGGGGGGCGAGGCUGUCAACACGAAACGCAUUGAGAACGGCCUUCCUGCUUUGGUUCUUCACGAAAUCCAUCUGCUCAAGGACGUGCAUCACUCUGAGACGGAGGACGAGAAAAUCAGCUCAUCCAGCCUGCGCUCCCGCUUGCUGGGAACCCUUCUUAUCCCACCCAAAGAAGCACCCCAUCUCCCUCUCCAGCCGUACGUGAUCGGCCUGACAGGCGGGAGCGGCAGCGGGAAGAGCUCGGUGGCCAAGCGUCUGGAGGCCCUUGGAGCCGUCCGCAUCGACUGCGACGAGCUAGGCCACCUCGUGUACGCGCCGGGCACCGCUGCCUACCACCGUGUCGUGGAAGAGUUCGGAGCGGAUAUCCUGAAUGAAGAUAAAAGCAUCAACAGAUGUGCCUUAGGGAAGAAGGUGUUUGGAAAGCAGGAAAGAUUAAAAGCGCUAACAGACAUCGUGUGGCCAGAGAUUACACUUCUCAUCAAGAUCGCGAUCAGCCAAGCCAGAGAACAAGGUAAAGAUGUAUGCGUGGUAGAUGCAGCGGUUCUUCUGGAGGCGGGGUGGACUGACAUGGUCCAUGAAGUGUGGGUGACCAUCAUCCCCGAGGAGGAGGCGGUAUCCCGGAUAACCGAGCGCGACGGCGUGGCGCCGGAAGAUGCCCAGCGCCGCCUCUGGAGCCAGGGGUCCGAUGCCCAGUGGCUGGAGCACGCCAACGUGGUGCUCAGCACGAUGUGGGAGCCCGAAGUCACCCGCAAACAGGUAUUAAAAGCGUGGAAUCUUCUACAGAAGAGGAUCCAGCAGAGGCAGGCGGCACAGUAGAAAAGUAGAACCCAAAACAGUACGACUGAAACACUUGACUGCCUCUUUAGUAGCCCCGUUCACACAGAAAUCUACAUCUAAAAGAUGUACCUUUCACACAGAACCCAGCCAAUUACGUGUAGUGUUAGGUAUAAAAUACUUUGGUCAGACAGCGACAAUUGCUUUCGUAUUGGCUAUGCUAAUUCCAGUUGAAGACACCGAUGCUCUGAUACUACCCCCAAAGCUGGCAAAUUGCCAUGGGGGUGGGGGGCAUUUUUUGUGGGUGCGUUUUACACAGUAUAGUGACACAGGGUCCAAACAAUGUGAAAGGGGCUAUUGACCUCACUCAGAUUCAUUUUUUUUUUUUUUUUUAAACUAUCAUAGUUUUAUUAUGUGAGAAGUGCGUGCAGGCCAUCCGUACAGUGGCUAUUUUGAAAACACUUACGUGGACAAAAGACGGCUGUCCUCUCUUUGUAGAGAGGACAAAGCUUCUCUUUUGUCACACAGACAGCACUUGUUCAAGUGUGUAUUUAUGGACAGUCUUCAACGUAAGGGAGUGAGCAUGAACAUUUGUCUUUGGGCCUCGCACUAAAUUAUUUGGGCUAACAAAGAACAGAACAAUUCACUGUAAUGCAUUUAUUAUUGUUUCUGUGCUGUGGAGCAUUUCCACAAAUCAUAGCCUUUAUUUGAUCAAGAUGUGAGAAAUUCUCAUUUUAACAUAUUCAACACCUCUUGUGCAUCAGUCACGACAGUCGGCAGCUUUUGAAAAGCCGCUUUCUACUAUAUGCGGAAGUCUGACUAGAGAAGAAAAUGCCGUAUUUGAGCUAUUUGUCUACUGUAGUGCCUGAUACAAAAACAGUUUUUAAUUGGAUUUCCACUGUAGUGACUGAUGCUCAACUUUGUCAUUAAGACUUGCACAAAAGUGAAAGCAGCUUUUGAAACGCUGUCCACUGUAGUGCCUUAUUUACAACUUUAGCAUUGACUCACACUUACAGAAAACAUCUUUUUCAAUAGCUGUCAACUGUAGUGACUGAUGCGCAACUGUGACACAAAGACUUGAUCAUACAUUUUGAAUAGUUGUCCACUGUUGUGACUGAUUUGCAUGUUUGAUGUCAAGAUUAUAAAAGAUACCAGCUUUUUGGGUACCCGCCCACUGUAAUGAAUGAUGUACAUAAGCUUUUAAAAAGUUGUCCACUGUAGUCACUGAUAAGCAAUUUUGACAAGACUCAUGCACAUCAGUGGAAAGCUAUUCAAAAUGAAACUGUCAUUAAGACUUAUGCACAUCAAUGAAAGGAGCUGCUUUUGAAUAGUUAACUUUAGUGACUGAUGGACAAAUUUGACAAGAGUACAAAAGAAAACAUCUUUUUCCAUUCGCAGUCCUCUAUAGUCGCUGAUGCGCAACUUUGACCCCAAGACUCACUUGAGUACUUACCCACUAUAGUGACUGACGUGCAACUUUGACAUCAAGACAAAUAGAAAACAUCUACUUGAAAAGCUGUCCUCUGGAGUGACUGAAGCACCAAUUUGACAUCAACUCCUCUAUGUGUUUUGUCUUUCAAAUGUAGCCUUUAAUUAUGAAUGCCAUUUAAAGAUUCACAUUGAACAUGGACUGUGCAAAAAAAAUAAAAGUACAAUGUUCUCAACUUGUGUCGAAUAAUGCAAACGUUUGACCUUGUAACAGCAUGCGCUCACAAAAAGAAUACUUAAGUGCGUGGGGACUGCCGUUCCCGUUUUUGCUUCACAUGUCCACUUUGAGUCGGGCAGAACACAAGGCCGCCCCGAGCUGGUUGCUGGCCCGGCACACGUACACGCCGGCGUCCGACGCUUCCGCGCCGGCCAACACCAGCGAGCAGCGGCCGUCUUCGCCGUAUUCCAGCUGCACUCGGGUCGACUCAGGAAUCGGCUUGUCAUCUUGGAGCCAUUUCACUUCCGGAUGAGGGUAACCUGGGGGUAGACGGCAUCAGGAAUGUGCUUAAAUACAAGGAAACAGCAGAAAAGAGCUUUAGGUAUCAGCGUAUAGUGUCCAUUGUGUUAUUCCAAAAUAUACCGUGAUGUUUUCUUCCAGUGUGUAUAAUUGGAAAUAUCCAUAUUGUGACGUUUUCUUAAUGUAUAUCCAGUAGCACUAUAUCAGCGCAUUGAAAAUAAAUUCCUGCAUCUUUUUGAGGGUGAACUUCGUUUUUGCACAGAAUGUGACUGUGGUUAUUUGCUUGUCAUGGCAUUUUCAGUCCAUGUCAUAAUGUGAUUUGAUUUAAUUAAAAAUGCU